GGUUAACAUUGACCUUUUCGGGGCUCCGUAGUCCUUCCCAGUCUGGUUUAGUGGCUAAAGAUGGCUGAAGCUCCUCCAUGGCCCAGCCUGUUCUUUUGUCACAGAUGCUCAGCAGAGAUUAGUCCUCGGCUUCCCGAUUACACAUGUCCAAGGUGUGAGUCAGGGUUUAUUGAGGAGCUUCUGGAGGAGAGAAGUGCUGACAAUGGCUCCACAUCUACCAUCUCGAGCGGGCCUCAGAACCAAACACCAUUUGAGAAUGUGGACCAGCACUUGUUUACAUUCCCUUCCGGCUAUGGCCAGUUUGCCCUGGGUGUCUUUGACGACCGCUUUGAUUUCGGGGCUGGACUGGGAACAGAGGACAACCGGGAUGCUGAAAACAGGCGGGAAAGGGAAACGGCAUCACGGCAACGAUAUGGUGCCAGGCAACCGAGAAGUCGUCAUGGUUCAAGACGACAAGCAGGGAGACACGAGGGAGUUCCCACACUAGAGGGAAUCAUUCAGCAACUAGUGAAUGGAAUAAUUGCACCUACUGCAAUGCCAAAUAUUGGUGUUGGACCCUGGGGUGUUCUUCACUCAAAUCCUAUGGAUUAUGCCUGGGGUGCUAAUGGACUAGAUGCAAUUAUAACUCAGUUACUGAACCAGUUUGAGAACACAGGACCCCCACCUGCUGAUAGAGAUAAAAUAAAAAGUCUUCCUACAGUACAAAUUACAGAUGAGCAUGUUGCUUCAGGACUGGAAUGUCCAGUGUGUAAAGACGAUUACAGUGUUGGAGAAAAUGUGAGGCAGCUCCCAUGCAAUCACAUGUUCCACAAUGAUUGCAUAGUCCCCUGGCUGGAACAGCAUGACACUUGUCCAGUGUGCAGGAAAAGCUUGAGUGGACAGAACACAGCAAUGAACCCUCCAGAACUGUCAGGGAUGAACUUUACCUCGUCCUCUUCCUCCUCAUCAUCUUCCUCUACCCCUCAGUCCUCAAGUUCGACCAGCAACGAGAACUCCACUGAUAAUUCAUAGAGAAUCAUUUGUCCUUAUGACUCUAUGAGCUGUUUAUAGCUCGUAGGCUGCUGUACUUCAGAGCGGUGACCUCUAGUCUUUCCCCGCUGUAGGGUCGAGACCUGAGCGCAUCUUGCCAGGAGCACUCAAGCCUGAUUCAGGGGUAAGUGAUACGCGAGGUCCAUGUAUUUCUGCCCGUCCUGUUGCUCCCACCUUCAUCGGGAAUCUGAACAAAGGGGAGGGCGGAGGCCUGGAGUGCAGCUUCUAUCAGGAAGGAUGUGGAGAAGCACGGGAACUUCAUGGGGCUCUGAAUCACAUCAUACAGGAAGAGAAAACAAAGGAAUCCAAAGGUAGAAGACUCGGGACAACAAGACAGUUUAUUAUUAUUAUUUUUUUAUCUCCAGACUUGUAUGAUUUAAAAUCAACUGCUUUUGCCACUCAAGUAAAAAAACAAGCGUACAGUUACUCCUUUUUAUUAUAGUAUUAAUAUCUCAGAUGAAAUGACCCAAAGUGCACUAUAAUGCAUUGUUCGAGUGUGCACUUGUGUCUUCAUGGUUAGGACAGAUAUUACAUUUGAUUCCUUAAGUUGUCAAAACUGAAUAACAAUAGUUUGUGGAAUUAGGGAAUUAUUUUACUGUCAAGAUCCACUUACUGUUUUAAGAUUAUCUGAAACUACACAGGUCCCAUUUUUUUGCACUUAAAAUGAAACGUCAAAUUGCAGUAAUUUUUGCUGUUUGGAUAAUGAUGAGGAUAGUCAUUGCUAAACUACAUGUGUAAGGAUUUUUAAAGUUUUAUCUGCAAGCUUGAAAUGUGAAUCAGCUUAAACACUGUUCACUGCAUUUGUGCAUUUUAACUACAAGGUCAAUUUUAGAUAUUUUCUAAAGUUGCCAGUUGAACAAGAAUUGAUUUGCAUUAUGAUUGUGUCCAAGAAAAUGAACUGAUAUGAAAAUAAAGAUGAUCAGGUGCUGCCGCUCACAAUUCAUGUUAAGGAUUCCCAACUUGUGUAUAAAUAGUCUUUGAAGGUCUAAUCAUGAGCAACAGCAGUCAUAAAACGGACUUAAAGAACUCCAUUGUAAAACUGAGCUUGUUUCAAGGACAAAUGUGUUUAAAUUAUAUCAGAACACCACUGGGGCAAAUUCUGUUUUGUUUUGCUGCACACUGUGUGGUGCUGUGGUUAGAUGCUAGAUGGGAUGGAGUAAAAACAAGGAGGAAAUGUUCAAAUUAGUUAAUUGGUAAAACAAAUAAGCAUUGAGCACAUAAAAUAUCACUUCUUUGCCAAAUGAAGAUAAUAAUGGUAUGGUUAAAAAAGAAAAUUGGUAAACAGACAAGUUAUAGGCUCUUAGAAUGACCGAGCAUCAACCAGGGAACAAUAACAUCCUUAGCGAACUCUGCUGCAAGUGAUUUCAUUGCAUAAUACACUUUUGAGAUUGUUUUGUACUUUCAAAGUAAGGCCUGAUCUGCAGAUAGUAAACAGUCCAUAUUAAAUCUUCCGACAGGGUACUUGCCUAUUAAAUGUUAUCAAUAAACCAA